UCGUGCUAAGUAUGGAUUGGCUUGAGAGUGUAAAACAUACUCCUGAGUUCCAGCAAGCGAUCUGUUCGAACUCUCCUGUUUCAGUGACAGCCAAUCUCAGUGUUCCCUUUCCAGAGUACCUGAAUCUGGCCCAAUGCAUUGUGGAAAUAGAGCUUUGUACGAAGCAGCAGGACUGGAGGCGGAUGGGAAAGGUGUUCAGGUCCAUCUGCCAAUCCAGCCAUCAUCCAAACCAAGUGGAGCAAAUCAGUGGCCGCAUCGCCAAAGCUCUCCUGUCAGAGAGCAAAGACAAGAUGUCACUGCCCUUCGCUGCCUUUGCUGAGACAGUGACUCUGAGUGAAGGUGCCCUGAUCCGGAAUUUUUUGGGCAGAAUUGGAGUCUCACUCGUGUUAAGAUAUCACAAAACGCAUCAAUGGGCCAAGGGUCGGCGGGUGGUGGAGGUGCUGUCCAUGUCAAAGGUCAGCUACUCAAUGCUGAAGGGUUUGUUUGGGAAUGAAGACGUAGCUUCACGCUGCUGCUUGGUCACUGUGGCAACCGAGCUUUUCCUCCUGAGUGGCAGUGUGGAGGGAGCUCUGAACACGCUCCGAGAAAACAAAUGGUUCCUGAGUUCGCGGUCAUGGCCAUGUGAGCCUGCAGAUCUGGAAAGUAGGAGGCAUGUGUUGACACGGCUGGCUGAGAACACUUGUCAUCGAGACACACUGGAGGUUCUCUGUAAUCUACCUGGAAUUAAAAUGCCAAAUGACUUGGUUGAUAUCUCCAGAAAUGGUCCUCUAUUUGACUCUCAUCUACAAGUGUGCAUGGACAGACAAGUUCUUCCUGUAGCCUCAGAUACAGUGGACUUCAUGCUCUCUCACAACCUGCCAGUUGACCAAGUGAUGCUGCAGAUUCUUUUUCACAAACUCGGCAAACAAAACCUGUGGCUCCGUGCACGGGAAGUCUUCAGGCACUCUCUGAGUGUGGGUUACUACCCUGGUGUAUCUGCUCCCCCUGGUUUCAUGGCAUUGAUCGUCUCCUGUGGUCUGGGGGAGGUGGAGCUGGCUCUCACUCUUGAGAUGUUCAUCGCUGUCAAUGCAACGGCCAUCCUCCAACCUUCGGAAACCACCACAUCCUGCCUCAGAAUCACCCUCAAACGGACUCAAAGCAGCGAGAGCAUGUACCUCUCAGCUGGUAGCCGCCUCCUCUCUGCAGCUUUUAUCCCUCAGCCCAAGCUGAUUGUUGACUACGCAGGAGUGAACCCUUCACAGGAGCAAGUUUUCAAACUUGACAUCUCCUCUGCUCGACGCUGGCUCCGCCAAAAUCAUUUGUGGGCCAAUGAUGUGUGGGCACAUUGACCCGAACACGGUUGUUUUCCUGCACUCCCCGGAAGCACUUGAUUGAUAUUCUUUGUAUGAAGUUUUAAUAAGAAGUUGUUCUAGUCCAAAAAGUUUGCUUCUGUGGUUUUUCUUAAGACAAAAACGUCACAGACUGAAACAGCUGUGUUGUUCAACUCCCUGAAUGCAACUGUCUGCGUUUGUAUGGAGGAUAUGCUUGUGAUGUCACUCUAUUUUGCAGUUGCCAUAGUUACACUCACCAGGAGUCAUCAGCGUUUAUGUCCCUUGUGUCAAGGGCCAUGCAUCUACGUGUCAGCAAACUUGAUUUCUGGCCACAUUAGAGUCGACCCAUAUCAUCAGUCACCUCCAGCGGCCUUUUCCUGUUUUGUUAAAGACAUUGAUUUCCCUCUUCAUGCUCUUGCACCUGCUUGUUGGUGUGUGUGGGGUGGGGGGGUUUGGAGAAGCUUGAUUACUGGCCUAUUGAUCUGAGUUGAAGGCGUUAGGCUUUUCUUCAGAGCGUCCUGCGUUGUCACUGAUUGGCCUGAUGGCCUGAUAACGCAUGACUUUGAAACCAAAGUCUAACUUGACGCAGCACGUUGACUUGCACAUAUCUGAUGAUCUUUGUAUUUAGUUGCUUGAAUUAAUAAUGAUAGAAAAAUAAAUGAUGAUGGCUGAAUAUUCAGGGAGCCAUUUUUUUCUACUCCACAGAUAAAUAAAAAAAAAAUGCAGCAAGUAUUUUACUAAUUUUCGGUUACUUACACAAACCGUGUUCAGGGGACAGUGGCUAGCUGAGCUACAUGGCUGCCAUUGACCUACAUUGUCAUUAAUCUGAAAUUAAAUGUAAUUUCCUGGUAUUUAACCAGCACAUAAUUGUGUUUAAGUUCUAUAGUAUUUGGGCUAAUGUUCCCUCAGUGUCUUAGGUUCAAUGGGAAAAUGUUCUACGCAGCAGUAUGCAAAUCCAUUUUAAUAAACACGUUUUCACACUGAAAAUUAAAUCUGCCUUUUAUUGUCUUAAAUGCAUAAUUUCAUUUAGUC